AUGGCUGAUUCUGCUAGUGCAACAUAUCAAAAUGCUACUACAACUGGCAAUUCUGAACAACAAUAUGUUCAAAGUCAAUAUGCUUAUCAAUCUCAAGCAAAUGGUGCUGGCGAACAAUAUUAUAAUGGAGCAAAUGGUGCUGAUUCACAACAAUUACCAGAUAAUGGUGAACAACAAAUACCUUUGAGUCAGGGUCAAGAUGUGAACUAUGCGCAAUAUACACGUAGUGCUGCUGAAUUAGCUAAUGGUCAACAAGUUGGCGGUGCUGGUUUUAUGGAACAAAAUAAUGCUGGCAUUAUUCAACAAUAUCAAGGUGCUGCUGGUCAACUUGCACAACAACAAGGGCCUAAUGGAUAUAAAAUUAACUUUGAUCCUAAUCCACAAAUUAUUCGUAAACAUGCUAAUGAUGCUGUUACAUAUAAACAAGAAGUUGCUGUGCGAUAUUUACGUCCACCAACACCACCACCACCAGGCCCUUUGAUUAUCAAAGAAGUACGAAACCCAUCAUUACCUGCUGCUCCACCUAUUGUUAUUCGUCAACGACCACCUCGACCUGCUACACCACCACCACUCAUUAUUCGAGAACGACCACCUCAACCACCCGCACAACUUGCUCCUAAAUUAGUUACGAAACCGUUACCAGCCCCACCACCACCACCACGACGUGUUAUCAUCGAACGAAUGCCUCCACUACCACCUAAACCUCAAAGCAUCAUCGUUGAACGUUGGCUUCCAUAUAAACAACAAAAACGACGUGUUGUCUAUCAAAAGGCACCGCCUGUGCAACCGCCAGCACCUCAAAAAAAUCUUAUCAUUCAAUGGGAAGGUACACAAGCUCGUGUCGUUAAAGAAUUCCGUAAUUUGGGCAUUAUCAAAGCUGACCCUAAUACUUACGUACAACAAUAUGGAUCACAACUACGACCUACACAAGGCUUACCAGAUUUCAUUAAAGGUCUACCUACACCAACUCUUGGACCAGAAUAUACGGCAGGCGCUAACCCUGAUCAAAUCGAUCCUGCUCUAUUAGCUGGUGCUAGUGGUCCAUUGGGUGGCUUUGAUGGGGCUGCUGGUCAAGGUCUUCUUGCCGGUGCAACCGAUGGUGCAAUGUCUACUGGUGGACAAGCUGGAUUUGUUCAAGAUAAUGCUCAAUAUUCAUCUUUUGCAAAUGGAGCUGGUUCCGGAUCAGGUGACCAACAAAAUGCUUAUGCCUAUCAACAAACUGUCUAUUCACAAGGAAGCACUGUCGAAGGUCAACAAUAUGCCGUAGACCAACAACAACAAGGUUUUGAACAACAAGGUCAAAAAGGCGCUGGUUUCGUACAAAAUGUGCAAUAUCAAACGAUGCCCCAAUAUGGUGUUACUAAUUAA